UGUGCGUGCGUGAGGUGUGCGUGUGUGUGUGUGUGUGUGUGUGUGUGUGUGUGAGCGAGAGACACGGGAGCUCAUGAGAAGACUGGCUCGCGCGGCUGGAUCUCGUCUGGAGCUGUGAGGCAGGAGGAGGAGGAGCGCGUGCGGCAUCAUGGCCCUGAGCCGCAGCGUGGAGCUCGAGCACUUUGACGAGCGCGACAAAGCGCGGCGUUCCGCGCGCGCCUCAGCCUCCGCCGCCUCGGGCACGGGCUCUCCGAGCGGCUCUCGCGCGAGCAGCCUGGCGCCCAGCCCCGCGCACAGCGCCAACUGCAGCUUCUACCGCACGCGCACGCUGCGCGCGCUCACCUCGGAGAAGCGUGCGCGCAAGGUGCGCUUCUACCGCAAUGGAGACCGCUACUUCACGGGGCUCGUGUACGCCGUGUCCGCGGACCGCUUCCGCUCGCUGGACGCACUGCUGGCCGAGCUGACGCGCGCGCUCUCAGACAGCCUGCACCUGCCGCAGGGCGUGCGCACCAUCUACACUAUGGACGGGGCGAAGAAGGUCACGAGCCUGGACGAGCUGGCGGAGGGUGAGGGCUAUGUCUGUGCGUCUAAUGAACCCUACAAGAAGGUGGACUACACCAAGAACGUGAACCCUAACUGGGGCUCUCGGAUGGCUGGGACAGGGACCGGGACGGGGCGGCAGGGCUCAGGCGGAGGCCAGAGCAGGGAGAGUAAAGACUUCAUCAAGCCCAAGCUGGUGACAGUGAUCCGCAGUGGGGUGAAGCCACGCAAGGCCGUCAGGGUGCUGCUGAACAAAAAGACGGCUCACUCGUUCGAGCAGGUGCUGGCUGACAUCACAGAGGCUAUUAAACUGGACUCCGGAGCUGUGAAGAAGCUCUACACUCUGGAUGGGAAGCAGCUGACAAGCCUUCAGGAUUUUUUUGGAGACGAUGACGUGUUCAUCGCGUGCGGCCUUGAGAAGUUCCGUUAUGCCCAGGACGAUGCUGCGAUUGGACACGCGGGGAAACCUUCUGCUGCUGCGUUCGUCAAUGAGUGUAAGAUGAAAUCGUCAAAGUCAUCUGCUCCUGUUAAAUACGCUGUUCCCAAAGGCUCUGGUGUGAACAGGUCAAAAUCACCUGUGUCAGGCAGUGACGGUACAGGAGGUCAGACCCCAAGAGUAAAGUCAUCAAAGACCCCGACCAGCCCAGGCAGUCAGCACAGCCUGAAAAUUUCCUCCCGCCAUGUAUCUCCCUCCCCUCCCCCCUCAGAAGAGCUCAAUGGAGCAGAGGACCUGAGCCCAGAAGUUAAUGGGAAUAAGGUGCAGUCCUCCAUCAUCACUGAUAAAUACAAAGUGGGGAAAGUCAUCGGAGAUGGAAAUUUUGCUGUGGUUAAAGAGUGUGUGGAGAGGGCCACUGGGCAGGAAUAUGCUCUGAAGAUCAUAGACAAGGCUAAAUGCAGUGGCAAGGAGCACCUGAUAGCCAAUGAGGUGGCAAUACUGCGACGCGUCCGGCACCCUAGCAUCAUUAUGCUAAUUGAAGAGGUGGACACACCUACUGAGCUCUACUUGGUUAUGGAGCUUGUUAAGGGAGGAGAUCUAUUUGAUGCCAUCACCUCGUCCACAAAGUACACAGAGAGAGAUGCCAGUGCUAUGGUCUACAAUCUGACCGGAGCACUCAGAUACCUACACCGCAUGAGCAUAGUGCACAGAGAUAUCAAACCAGAGAAUCUACUGGUGUGUGAAUAUCCGGACGGCACAAAGUCUCUGAAGCUGGGAGACUUCGGGCUGGCUACUGUAGUGGAAGGACCGCUCUAUACUGUCUGUGGAACACCCACCUAUGUGGCACCAGAGAUUAUCGCAGAGACAGGGUACGGUUUAAAGGUGGAUAUCUGGGCAGCGGGGGUCAUCACAUACAUCCUGCUGUGUGGGUUUCCUCCAUUCCGCAGUGAGAGGAACCAACAGGAGGAGCUGUUUGAACAGAUUUUGCUGGGCAGACUGGAGUUCCCCUCACCUUACUGGGACAACAUCAGCGAGAGUGCCAAGGACUUGAUUGGUAAGAUGCUGCAGGUGAAUGUGAGUGCGCGCUACACAGCAGAGGAAGUCUUGUCACAUCCAUGGGUUCUGGACGAUACUGCACUGGAGAACAAUACGACCUGUGAGACACCAGAUGCAGAACACACAAAUGACAGCACAGGAACAGAAGCACAGUUGGAUCAGCUGCAAGGCAAUGAGCAAAGCUCGACAUAGAUGGAGAUACUCUGGAGGAUCAGCAGAAGAGAAGCCCUGCUCGCUCAGCCAAAGCUUAAAGGAAUACUUCAACCAGAAAUGCUAACAUGGCUAAAAUGAACGAAGGCUAAUCUGGGACUAAUACUUAUUUUCCUCCCACUAGCUUUCAUUCAAUAGCAGAACCAGCAGUUUUGAGUGAAGUAUACCUUUAAACGCAACGCUCUGCAAAAUCUAAUGAGCUGCGACCACCAGACCAGCAAAACCCCUCUAAACCUCCCUUCUAUCCUCUUGUAAUUGUCCCCUAUGCUCUCUCCAUUCAUGUCUUUCAACCUUCUUCUCAUUCAACUCUGUCCUUCUUCUCUUGUCCUCUCCACCCCCACACUCCCCACUUUAAUUCUCUCCUGUCUCUUUUCUCCUUGAUUGCUAUGUAUCAGAUGUCUCAGAGGAUGAGUGCUGGUCACCACUCAAGUGCCCCAUUAACUGCAGCUUUAAUGUCAUAUUUAAAUGAAUUAGUUAAUAUGCUUUUUCUCAGUUACUGUUGUGGGCUUUUAGAGAAAAGGAACACCUUAAAGGAAUAAUCUAGUGUUUUUUCAACCCAUCUCCAUUUCUGCAUCUGUUUUGUAUUGUUUAUUACAACAGACAAUAAUUUUGAUGUGUUUUCCAGUAAUUAGAAAAAAACAGAAAACCUGUUGAAUCAAAACACAUGUAUCUUGGAAGACAUCGGGCUGUUGCUGAAAACGUGUGAAAUGCAUGCACAUAAAAUGCAAAUUCAACACUACAACCAUUGUACUUUAACAAUACAGGGGCCUGAAUUCUAAAUUUCAUGCUAAAUUCGUUCUGAAGAUAAUUUCGCAUUUGUGUACAAUUGCUUACUGCAAACUGUAAUGGCUAUAGAACUUGGGCCCUUCAGUUUGUAAGUCAGACCAUAAACCUGCAUUCAUCUAUGCACAUUUUCAGGUCCUGGCCAUUUUUUUAAAGUCACUACUUACAUUUUCAUAUAUGACCAUUUUAAAGUUAAUACUUGAGCCUAUGGCAACUCCACCCACAUCAAUACAUAGAUAAUGUAUUGCCACAGAUU